CUCCUGAAAUCUUGUGGUCGACAGUGCGUCAUUUUUUUGAUAAGCUGAGCUACAAGCACGGAAAUAUUUGGAUUAGCUGUGAUAUUUUGUGAACGAUAACUUUCAACUGAAUUCCGAAGACAAAAAGCAGAAAAUGCCGAAGUCACGACACGAUAGUUUGACCGAAGAAGCUGCAAACAAAUUAAGUCAUCAUUUGGAAGAAAUGCCAAAAAACAUGCGCCAAUUCACCUCAGACUUUCGAGCUCUUUACACAGACCAAGCUGUUGGUGGUCAUAGCGAGGCUGCUAUAAAGUUCAGAAAGAUUCGCGAUGACACAAGACAAGAUGCAAUGGUGUACUUGAAGUGCGUCCUUCCUGCGACGACAAAUUUCAUUAGGUCUGUUAAAGAAUACUUUGAAUAUUAUGAAGCGUUGUCCUAUGAUGAUUGGUGUGAACUGCUACCAGACAUUUUGGAGGAAACGAAAACGCACAAAGACCUCGCGCAGACCGUAUUAGAUAUACACCAGAACAUCAUGGUUCCCUUAAAGAAACGUAAGGAUGAGGCGCAAGUGGUCAUGACAGAGUUCGCGAACCUGCAGAACUUAUAUAAUCAGUCAGAAGGAUCUGCGCGUGAAAAAAUGGCUCGGGCAAUUGCGUCAGAAAAGCAACACGAGAUCAACAAAAAUGCGGCUCGAAUUGUGGCUGAAACACUUAUCCUCGCACUGUGCAAAUUCAUUGAUGGUCUACAAGAGGUAGCACGAUUCUUUCAAGUCAUUGAAAAUGAACUGAACUCGUUUAAAGACAGUUCAGAAGAAGGCGUGGAUGAACGUAAACAGUCUCAUUAUAAAAUAAUAAAGAAUUCAGCGAGAGAAGUAAAAUUCCUCUGCGUUGCUUUUUACGGAGUACUUCCAGAUGUUCGCACCGACCUCGAGGCUCUUCCCAGUCAAGAUACUGACCAAAACUACGUCGACAAAUGGUUGAAGAAAAUCCUCGCAGAUAUUAGGAGCCAAACAACACUAAAGGCUCUUAUUGGAACUCCCUCGGUAGUGGAAGUGAAGGAAUCGGUCGACACAGCAGGACAAUCAAACCACGUACCACCAUUGAAAAAUAGAGCAGCAUUACUACCAAAGAAUACAGCAGCAUUAACACCAAUUGAUGAUCCUGUACCAACAUCAACACCGUUUGAUUACCAAAAUCCAACCUCGAAAUGUAUACAAGUACUGCCAAUGAAAAACGGACAAGCAUCAACACCUAAAAAUGAUCCAAUAUCAACUAUUGAGAGAAAUAGACCAGCAUCACCACCAGUAGAUAAUCCAGUACCAGAAUCGAAAAAUCAACAAGAAAAAACGCCAAAAAGUAAACGAACAAAAACGCCACACGAUUCAGCACCAUUGACAUCGAAUAAUAAAGCAGUGACCUCAUCGACAGAGGAUUUAGUAGAACGUAAACAACAAUUACGUUGUCACUCUUGCCACUGGAGAUGCAACAUUAUGUAAAGAAACUUUAUUUAGUAGAAGUAGAGGUAGAACAAGGUAAUUUGUGAUUUUGGACUGAUAACCAUGCAGGAGAAUCUUUUAGAAUAAUCUGUAUUUUUUCAAUUUAACAACAUAUGU